GAUGUCCGUCGCGACCUGUGCCAUGAUGUUUGCUACCUCCUUAUGGUCCAAAGCAAGAGUGCAAGAACAGUCAGAGUGACAAAUGAGAAGCGAAUUUGGGUAUUUCGUGGUCUAGCCAUAUUUCUUUCGGAUCCGAGAAUUCAAGCUGGACGAUGAUUAGACGUCACGGGCGUCUUCAACCGGCACCUCAGUCGUUGAAAGUGCUCAUCUGGAGCCUGAGGUCGCUGGAAGCAAGAUGGCGGCCCUAUCCAGGCUUCAAGCCCGGAUAAAGGAGAAUUUUCACGAGACGACCCGUGAUAUCUCCCUCCUCACAACUGGAUCCACGUCGUCCUCCGCCAAGUACUUUGAUACAGCUACGUCUGAUGAGAAGAUCAAAGAGAUCUCCAAGCUGUUGGAUAGCCGGAUCGAACAAGAGAAGCUGGAGGGUAUGAAGAGGAUCAUUGCAGGAAUGAGCAAAGGCAGAGACAUGGAGAGCUUCUUUGCUGUUGUGGUGAAGAAUGUGGGGUCGACAAGUAUAGAGAUCAAGAAGUUGGUCUACAUCUACCUCUUGAGAUUUGCAUCGACCAAUUCGGAUCUCUUGCUCUUAUCGAUCAAUACGUUUCAGAAGGAUCUCUCAGACUCGUCACCAUUGAUCAGGUCCAUGUCAUUGCGUGUCUUGACGUCCAUUCGUGUUCCGGUCAUUCAAGGUAUCGUCAUGCUCGGUUUGAAAAAGUUAGUCAAUGAUCGAAAUCCCUGGGUCCGAAAGACAGUCGCAGGCGGUCUAGCGAAAGUUUACAGCAUCGAUCCGAGCUCUCUAAAUCAACUCAUUCCUCUCCUUCAAUCUCUCCUGUCUUCUCACUCUCCCCUGACUCUCGGUGCCACGCUCAAUGCCUUUCUGGUAAUAUGUCCUGAUCAACUGGAUCUCUUACAUCCUUAUUAUCGGCAUAUAUGCCGUCUCCUGGUUGACGCCGAUGAAUGGGGACAGGUGGUGGCUUUACAACUUCUGACACGAUACGCGAGAACCAUGUUGGAGAAGCCAGAGGGAGCGGGCUCGACUCCUCCACCUCGAGCUCAAUCCUCCACAAAAGCCGACCCGAAGCAGGACGAGAGCGACGAUGAGUUUGCAGGCAUCGACUUGGACCUUGCUAUGCUCCUACACUGUUCGAAGCCAUUAUUCCAGUCCCGAAAUCCCGCCGUCGUCCUAGGUACAGCUAUCAUGUACUAUCAUCUCGCACCUUCCGGCCACGCGUCAAUCGGGCAAGAGAACCUCGUUUCACCACUACUCAAACUCGCCUCGACUGCAGAGGAUGAAUCGGCUUUGAUGGCCUGGCAGGUCAUUGGCGCUAUAGUGGAGGAGCGACCGUGGCUAUUUGCCGAUCGGUUCAGCUCAUUCUUCCUGCAUUCAUCCGAGUCGAGCCAAGUGCAGAUCGCCAAAUUGAAAGCAUUGGCGACUCUAGUCUCUGCUACAAACGUCAAGGCCUUUUUGAGGGAAUGCAAGCAAUACACCCGGUUCCCAAACGACCAAGUCGCUGAAGAGGCUGUCCGUGCGAUCGGUCACGGCAUCCAAACACAACAAGAAGCUAAGACAGCAGGACUGAACCUUCUCAUGAAGCUGUUGAAGUCACCACGAGACGCCCUUGUCGCACAGGCCGUCAUUGCUCUGAAAUCCGUCAUUCUAGCCUUGCCCGCCAGUACAUUUUCCACAGAAACAGGCACCAAUCCUCGGCGACUCGUAGCGCGUCUGGCCAAAGGACUUGAUGCGAUCACUCACGCUCGAGCGCGUGCCAGCGUUUUCUGGCUCGUUGGUCAAUUUGCAGCUUCUGAGGAGACUGCAGAGGGCGGUCUUGGCUGGGACGGUGUAGCACCUUGGGUACCGGACGUACUACGUAAAGGGGUCAAGGGCUUUACCGAAGAAUCUGAAAUUGUCAAAUUGCAAAUCCUAACGCUCGCCGCCAAAGUCCUCGCUCUCUGCCCCUCGACGGCAAAGUUGCAGCUAUUGAGUCAAUACCUCUUCAUGCUGGCUCGCUACGACGCAAGCUAUGAUGUCCGAGAUCGCUCGAGAUUUCUGCAUGCUUUGCUUCGUGGUGUGAGGGCGGAACAAAAGUCUUUGAAGGCGGAAUCGAGCACCGAUGAAUCAGAAGAGGACGAGGAUGAUGACCUUGGCGGUGUCAUCUUGCGUCGAGAGCAGGUCAGGUUGGUCUUAUUGGACAGACCGAAUACUGCAAAGGAGGUAUCUGCCGCGGGCACGAGCGAAUAUGAAGUCGGGUCCAUGUCCCGUAUCAUCCACAAGAAGCUCUCCGGCUAUGAGCCUGUACCAGAGUGGACGGACGAUCCGACUGAUUAUUCUCUCCGGGAAUCGCAAGUUGAACACAACAAACCUGUACCAUCUAGCUUUGCGAAUCACCCACCUACACCCGUACAGCCCGCUGCGAAUCACAAGGAGGUGUCUGGUGGGGCUCAGCCUCCACCUGUACCUAUCCCUCAACAUCUCUCUUCAUCCUUUGCCUCUAUCACGCGAUCAAGCACGAAUUCUUCGCCGUCUGGGUCACUCCCGAUGCAUACGAGUACUCGAGGUGCAAAAUUCAAGGAUCUAGACAAGUUCCUCGAUAGUGAGAGUGAGACGGAGGAGGACGAAGACGAGGACAAUGAUAGUGAGGAUGAUAGGUGAGGCAAAACUUGAGAAACGCAUCGCGUUCGAUAGGCUGA